CUGGAUCAAAGUUAUUAUUCAUUAGAGUAUCUCAACUUUGCAUUAAUAAUAAUCAAUUAAAUGAAAUUUUCUAUUAUAAUAGAUAUGCAAGUUUAUUUUUUGUCACAGGAAUUUCAGCUUCAGAUAAUGAACUUAUAACGCUUGAAAUUAUUCAUCGAUAUGUUGAAAUUUUAGAUCGAUAUUUUGGCAAUGUUUGUGAAUUGGAUCUAAUCUUUAAUUUUCAAAAGGCAUACUAUGUUUUAGAUGAAUUGAUUAUUGCGGGAGAAAUGCAAGAAUCAAGCAAAAAGGCAGUAUUACGUGUAGUUAACCAACAGGAUUCGCUGGAGGAAGGAGAAAACGGAGAGAAAGGGUGGCCAGAAAAAUCGUAA